CUCCAACAGUCGCUAAAGGGUGAUCGUGUAUAGCGUACGUCUUGGAUGUAGUCAGGGCUAAUGGGGCUAAGGCUGCCACCGAUGGUGUUUCGCCUGACCAUUUUUCUUCGCCAGACUGAUUGUUAAUACGACGAAAGAUGGAGUUAGGUGCAACAAAACUGCGCCUUGGUGGGAUCAACAAUCUUUUAAACGUCCAUGUCCCAGUCGUCUGCACCAUAUCCAGGAUGCAUACUGAAGAACUACUCCGUCAGGUCCAAGCUGGACUGUGUCCGUCGCUGCCUCAGUCUCACCUUUUGUACUGGCUUGACCUACACGGAUCUGGCACCUGACAGUGGCUCCUGUGUAUGUCUGGCAUCAAGUGUGCAAGCAUGCAUCAGCACCACCAGACCUUCAGGAACAGUUUACAUCAAUAUUGUAGACAAAGGCCUACCUGGUUCCGAGUGGCUCAACAAAUCGUGCACUACCGUCGCCGACUGCCCAGUAAAACAUUCCAUAUGCUAUAAGGCGACGUCUACCUGUCUCUGCACACCUGGAUAUUAUUAUUCAGUCAAUUUUGGCACCUGCGUUCGAAAAUGUAACCCUCUCUACCUACAAGACACUUUUCUGAAGUACAACAAUGCAUGCAUCGGAGGUUAUCAGAAGGAGACAGCUCGAGGAAAAAGAGACGAGGAGUGCAUAAAGCUGUGUGUCUACAGCAGGGAUUGUCUGUCUAUCGACUACCACCAUCGUGGAUCCUACUGCCACCUGAAUUACCACACCGCCGUCACCUCAAACACUUUUUUCCCAGACUGCAAAGGAGAUCCUUCUGACCAUUAUCAACGGAUGUGUUUUUGAGUGCUGCUGCUGCUUGUGUUUGUGUUUUGUUUGUGUUUGUGUUCGUGUUUGAAAUGCUAUGUUCCUAAAAUGCUAUCUGUGUAAGGUACACAUAAUGUUGUACCAAAAGCAAGUCAAGAUGGAGAUGGUGACAAUGACCUUAACGACUUUUUUCUACCAAGCAGACUUUUUAGAGAGAUGAGUAGUAAAUUCAGAGCAUUUUAAAUCUGAGCUGCGUUUUCAUUUGAUUGAAAUCCCCUUUUUCUUGUUCCCUUUGUGCAUUGUAAAGAGGAAAAUAUACAAUGAACUGUAGCGGAGAAUAUAGACUGAUAAAGAAAAGAGAGAGGUUUGCAUGAAAUUUCAAAAUAUAUUGACAGAAUUUUCGUCAUUUGGUGGUGUGAUAGUUAAGUCCCUAUUAAAAAAAGGAUUACUCAUAAUACUAUCGAAAAUUCUUCUGGUAAUUAAUAAUCUUGCAGAUAUGAUCGUUAGAGAUGAAGGUAAAAUGAAUGUAUAUCAGAGGGCACUACCCUACUGUUAACAUACCUGUUGCCAGAUAGGAUGAUGAAUAUCACUGUGCAAAUGAUUAAACCCAGCUGGUGCCCACCUUAUCUAUCUAUAUAUAAAUCUUCAAGGGAACCGCACAACUAUUUUCUCCCAAAUAUAAACAAGAAAAAGGGGGAUGGAAUAGAAAAAGUAUUUCUCCUUGUUAGUCUUUGGUGAUGAUUAAGCUCGUGGUGAAUAUCUCUGAAGCUUCAAGUUUUACAUCCAAGUGAAAUCCUUCAAGGUAUUAGUGUUUUAAGAAACAGUAUCUCAGGUAUAUUCAUGGACACAAGGCUUAAUGUAACCAAAUUAUAAAACAACUGCUUGUGACAUUCUUGAGGAAUUUAAGCCAUUUAUGUUUCACAUUCCAUUUCUGGAACAAUUUUUCUCUUCAAAUUCUUGUUCCUUGAAUAUCUGUGGGUCACAUACAUGAAUUUCAAGCUCUGCUUCAAGCAUUUCAACCUUAGACAUAAAUGGGUUAAUAGAUAAAGCUGUAUAGUCACCAAGUUUCAUAUCUUUUCCCCUGCUACAAUAAUCACCUGUGUCAUUCUAUUCACCUGUCUUUCAUGUAUAUGCUAAAUGUAGUUAUGAAGCAGUGUGUGUAGUUGGAAUACUCUGAUUUCUUUGGUUUAUUGAUGAGUACUCUUCCUAUGAAUAUUUUAUCUGUUUCUGCUGUCACUGUUUGUAAUUAAUUGCUGUGGGGAUUAAUUUCAUGCUCUUUAUAUCUGUUAUGUUUGGACAGUUUUUGAAGAAAAUUAUUACUCAUAAAGCUCCUUAGCCAUCAGUCUACUAUUAGCUGUUAUUACGGGCUGUAAAAAAUGAAGAACAUGUUUUUACUAUCUCUUUUUAUGUAUAGGAAAUUACCAUGGCUAGCUCUUAAAUUGUAGAACUGAGUGCAAACUUCUAAAACAGCUUUUGAAUUCAUUGCAUGUGCUAUAGUCUUCGACAGAAGAUCUUAUCGAUGAAAUUCAUUAGAUGUCCAUUAAGUCUCAUGUUAACUAUCAUCUUCAAUGCUGGAAAUAGCUAAAUUGUGUUUAAAUUCUCUCGUGUAUUUUAAGGCUGUGAAAAUAUCUGUGGAUAUUUCUGAAAUGGUAGUACUUAUUGCAUACUCCUGUAUCUGUGAUAUAAAUG